UGUAUUUUUGUGUCUCGGAAAAGCACUUGAUUAUUAUCGAACUAGACAAUUGCGGUGUGAUUUCAGUUAAAAAGCAUUCGUGAGUUGAUCUUCUUGGAGAAAUGAGCAACUUUUCUCCUAGAGAACAGUUUACUUCUUCUGUGUUUUUUCAUUUUUUCUUUUGAAACCAUUUUGCCACCAUUUUGCGCCGAUUAAAGGUCGUGGUCAGAACAAGCUUCGUUACUUCCUCCUUUUCGUUAAACCGUGGAAAAAGUGAAGUUGAGCUUUUGUUGUCCUAAAAGAAUUGGCGGUUUAUUACGAUUAACUCACUAAGCGUGUCAAUAACGACUUGUCACAACAAGUGCGAUAGUUUUUUAAGGUAAAUUUUAAAAUGCUUACCCGAGGUAAAAUUCCUAAUGUUUCGGACGGAGCAAACUGUCAAGAUAGUGAGGACAAAGAGGAUGAUGAUGAAGAAACUAUGAACGAUGACAAUUCUUCUGAAAAAGAUUCCUCUUCGAGCAAAGAUGAGCAGAGUGAGUGUAAAGUACCCUUUCGGCCCCUUUCAGCUCUUCAAAUGAAGCGAACUCCUUCAGCAGAUCGUGCCAACAUGUCACCAGUUUUGACUGGUCAGCGUUCAUCAAGAUCUAAUUCUAGAAGAGGCCAGUUUGUCAACGAAAUUUCUUCAGAGGAUACUCCAUUGUCAAAACGUCAAGUGAUGAAAAGUGGAGGAGGCAAGAGAAAGAGGCUAGUCUUGGUCGAACCAGAAGAAACUUCACAGGAAGCAGAAGCAAAGCUCAACAGUGCAGAAGAAAGUCACGAUGAAGAAGUAAACAGUACAAACCAAAGAAAGAUUUCUGUUGCAGAAAGUGAAACUGAGAAGCAUGAUGAAAGUCAUGAUGGUGUUCGCAGGAGCCAGAGAGCAAAAAGACAAAUGUACACUUACAACGACAGUUGGAUAUUUGCUGAAAAAAAUGUCAAGGGAUAUCCUGCUGCAAUCAAAGAAGAAGACACAGCAGCAGAAGGAAAUGACCGAAUGCAUACUAGACGUCUACGUAAUCUCGUCCCAAAACGUCAAGAAGAAGUAGAUCAAGACAUUGAGGACGAGGAAGAUGCUCGUCAGAUCGCUAACAGACGUGCACAAAUCCGAAAACGCAAUAAAGCAAAGAAAAAAAAAGUGUCGCGAUACCAGACUUCCAUGAACGACCAAGAUAUGUACACAGAGAUCAAGAAUCGGCGCCUUCGGUCUUCAAGCAAUUCUUCAAGGCCAAAUUACUCUGGUUAUCAUUCAACAGUAAUAAACGCAAAGAAAACGCCGGCUAGAAGCCAACGACAUCGUCGACCACAAUAUGAAUCUUCUAAUGAAUCGGAAACCAAGUCUGAAUCCGAGAGUCAAAGUGAAGAUGAACAAGAAUCCCCCAAAGGAAAGCGCAGGGAAGAGUUGUCUGAUCACAGCCGUGAUCAGGAUAAUGAAGAAACCGAACGACCCGCUCCAGCUUUGGGUGGCGAGAGAGUGAAAGGCAAAUACACUUUACGCAAGAUUCAACCCAUCGAAAGAUAUUGCCCAGAGAAUGAAGAAUCGCAUAAUAGAUCACGCUCAACACGCCAUACAUCACGGAUAGUGUGCAGCCCUGCUCAUCGAGCUCAGAGAAAGCGGCGGCAAAAAGCUCAAAACGAGAGCACUACUAGCAGCAGUAGCAGCAGCGAUGAAGAACGUUUUGAACGGAGGAAGAACAAAAGCAUGUCUAAAGCAAGGAACAGAUGUUUGCCAAUGAAUUUCUCUCCAGACGAUUUGGGUAAUGGUGUUGUUAAAGAUCGUAUGAAGAUUGGGUCAAGUUUGGCUGAUGUUGACCCAAUGAAAGUCGAUCGAGAGGUUACUUUUGAACAAGUUGGUGGACUGGAAACUUAUGUUCGCAGUUUAAAAGAAAUGGUUCUCUUUCCUCUACUGUACCCAGAAGUUUUUCAAAAAUUCACUAUUCAGCCUCCUAGGGGUGUUCUCUUUUACGGACCUCCAGGAACGGGCAAAACUUUGGUAGCUCGUUGUUUAGCAAAUGAAUGCAGCCAGAAAGAUAGGAGAGUAGCGUUCUUUAUGCGCAAGGGAGCAGACUGCCUCAGCAAAUGGGUUGGCGAGAGUGAACGCCAAUUACGUCUACUUUUCGAUCAGGCUUAUCAAAUGCGACCUUCUAUAAUCUUCUUUGAUGAAAUUGACGGACUCGCACCUGUUCGUUCUACCCGCCAAGAUCAAAUCCAUUCGAGUAUUGUGUCUACUCUUUUGGCUUUAAUGGAUGGUCUCGACUCACGCGGAGAAGUAAUCAUCAUCGGCGCUACAAAUAGGUUGGAUGCCAUCGAUCCUGCGCUUCGCAGACCUGGAAGGUUCGAUCGAGAAUUUCACUUUCCGUUGCCUUCUUUGCCUGCCAGAAAAGAAAUUCUAGACAUACAUUUAAAGUCGUGGACUCCUGCCCCAGCUCCCAGUCUAGUGCAUUAUUUAUCUCAGAAGACUGUCGGAUAUUGCGGAGCCGACCUCAAGUCAUUGUGUGCUGAAGCAGCACUUUUGGCACUUCGUCGACGCUAUCCACAAGUGUACAACUCCAAGGACAAAUUGAUGUUGGACUUGUCUCAAAUCAACGUAGAACGUCGUGAUUUUGAACAGGCAGUGCAAAGGUUGGUGCCCGCUUCUCAACGCAGUGCAAUGGCUUCGGGCAAGCCCCUUUCGUCAGUUGUGACUCCCCUGCUGGACAGUCUUUUUCACGAAAUCAUCAAUACAACUCAGCUCUUGUUUCCCGAAGGAAUAGCCACUCUAAAACUGAAAGGCCCAUUGAGUGGAGUGAAGAAGCAAACGAGUAACCAGAUUUUCCCUCGGUUGUUGGUCCUUGGCGAUUGUUGCUCCAACAUUACAUCCGCCUUGCUUCACUACAUGGAACGCCUGCCAGUUCAUCGACUUGACUUGUCGACUCUUCAUGGACUGGCUGCUCGUAGUCCCGAAGAAGCUUGCGUUCAACUAUUUCAAGAGGCUCGACGGAACGUUCCUGCCAUUAUUUAUUUACCCCUCGUUAGCCGUUGGUGGUCGGCCAUCGGUGAAACCGUCCGAGCCACUUUUUUAACUCAACUCAGCGAACUCGAUCCUGAAUUGCCGAUUUUCCUUCUUAUAACCAACGAUACUGAAUUGGAUUGUUUACCUGAUGAUUUGUGCGAUCUCUUCCACGAGGAAGAUGGCGAGAUCUUCCACACCAGGUCGUUCACGCCCGAGGAAAGGCAAAACUUCUUCCGGCCUUUAGUCGUAACAAAGUGUUUGAAGCCUCCCAUGGUGAGGAAGACACCCAAAUCGAAAUUGGAAGUUCUUCCUUUGGCUCCAGCGCCUCCUCCCAGACAGUUGAACGAAAAGGAAAAGGAACGAUUGGAGCGGAAAGAAGAAGCAACUCUGCGUGAAUUGCGAAUUUUCCUCCGUGAAAUCCUGGCGAAAAUGGCUCGCAACAAACUCUUUUACAUGUUUACUCGUCCCGUGGACACCAAGGAAGUGCCCGACUAUUUACAGGUCAUUCAGAGGCCCAUGGAUCUGGAAACCAUGAUGACCAAGAUUGACCAACACGCUUACGAAUCCGCUAAAGAUUUCCUGGCCGACAUUGAACAGAUUUGCGCCAACGCUUUAGAAUACAACCCCGACAAGAGCCCAGAAGACAAAAUGAUCCGACAUCGUGCAUGCACCCUACGAGAUACGGCCUACGCUUUGAUCAAGGCCGAAAUGGACACUGACUUUGAGGAACAAUGUCAAGAGAUUUCGAGAACUCGUAAAAGCAGAAAGGAUAAAGUGGCACCCAUUGCCGGGCCGCCGGCGUUACUGGAUCCAGCUUCGACUGCCAUUACGUCAGGAAACGACAGCAAGGGCAAUGGGGAAGCUACGAAAUCGGAAAUCAAAGUAUCCAAGACCCGGAACAGGAGAGGCGGUGGCUGGUCUCAAGGGAUCAUAAAAAGUGCGGCCAAGAAACGGAAAGCGGACAGUGAAAGUCUAUUGAACGACUCUUCAAUGACUGCCCAGGAUCAGUCGCAGGAGAACGGGAUGGAUGAUGUCGUCCAACAGGCGUCCGCCAGUGACGAACCUCCAGUCUUGACAGCAGAGGAUCCCACCCCAGACGAUUCACAGGCCAGCGACGCUUUCGACAGCCAGCCAGAAAUAGAUUCCGGAGUUGCCCCACCAUUGAUCGUUUCGAAGAAGUCAGUCAUCGUCAACGUUGACAAGCUUGAGGCGCUGUUAGACUCGAUUGUUGCCAAGACGGAAAAUUGGAGUUUGGAGAAGCUUUUGCGGUUGUAUUCGAAAUUGUCGAAACUGAUUGAUCGUUACCUGAGACUUUAUGAUCGUCAACCACUAGUUGAGGAAAUGACUCAAAUGCUCAGCAAUUGUAGGUGAAGCUUCAGUAAUCUGUGGAAGAUGGUGACGUCGAUCUGAUAAAAUGGAAGACGAUCUAUAUUAUUUUGAAGCAAUUUAACCUCAGGGAGUUGCUGCGGAGAUUGCAUAGGAAAUCGCCCGAUAAACUGCGAAAAGAAAAAUAGUCGUCGUUCCGUCGCCAAGCAUUACUAUGAAUUUUGUUGUAAUUCUUCUUCAAGGCCUUCAUUUCGAUUUAAAAUUGUGAAAACAACUCCUUUUUCAGAAAUUUUGGUACGUAUGGCGUUUCCAAUACAGUAAAACCGAAUUGGGUUUAUUUUUUAUUGAA